AUGUAUGUGCUAAUGACAUGUUCAAAACAUUUCAGUUCUACAGUGAAAUUUUUCUGGUUUUCAAGAAAGCGAAGCCAUUUAAUUAACAUCAACGAAAAAGUAGUGGAUGUGACAAAAAUGUUGGACCAGAAAUUCAUCGUUCGUGUGAGCAUGCUGUACGAUUUCAAGCAAGGCAACAACGCGACCGAAUCUCUUCCAACUCUGCACUCGAGCUUUGGACUGGACUGA